AUGAAGUUCCAAUCGGUCGCGCUCUGUGCGCUUAACCUUGCUUCUGUUACUGUUGCUCUGCCAACGUCGUCGAAAGAUCAGGAUAACCAGAACAACGUCGCGUCGUCAAGACUUUCGACCUCGCCCAUCUGGCCGUACACAAGCCCUUCAUGGUAUAAUCCGUGGCUCAACCCAUGGCUCAGUCCGUACAUCCCGAAGUUGCCAGGACUUAAUGGCCUCACAAGCGGUCUACCCGGAAUCUUUCCUGGCAGUACAACUGGAGGUUCACUAGGAAGCGGAAAGGGAACUAUAGCAGCACCCGUAUCCCCUACCGGCAUCUCUGCAGGACCCUUAGCAGACGGACUAGCGGCUCUCCUAGCAGGUCUUUCCAUACCGAUUGCAACACCUGUGGUUCCGGCAAUCGUGCCAGCCAAGCUACCCACACAGGUCUCAACAGCGCUCCCCUCGCUACAGGCGGCACCGUUAGCCCCUGUAGUCAUUCCAACCAACGUACUGCAGAACAUUCCAGUAGCUGUACCAACGACUCUCGUUACGCAAGUCUUAGCCGCAGUGCCUACCCAGGUCGUAGCUGCCGUGCCUACCCAGAUCGUAAAUGCUGUAGCCAGCAAUGUUUUGGCACUGCUCCCUACAGGAUUGCUUCCCAACCGGGUCCCCGCUGCUGGUCCAACUCUUCUACCCUUCGGGCUUCUCGGAGGAGGCCAGUGA